AUGCUCCUCAUCCUGAUUGCCAUCCUGGCCCUCGCUAGUACGAGUUGGGCCGCUCUCGCACCUGCAAGCGAGGCAGGGGCUUACAUCUCUCUCUUAUCUUCGCAAGAUCUUUGUCUCGGCAGAGCUUCGAACUCGAGUGGAGAAUCCAGCAGUGCCGUAAAUCUCGGAACAGGAAACAGGACCUGGACGGGCUUGAGGGUUGGAUUAGUGGACUGCGCUUCUGCGGAAAAGUGGCUUGUUGGUGGCCUCCCUGGCGACAGCGAACCCCUCCGCUUUGAUAAUGGGACUCUCACUGCUGUCCCGGUGGGUACGAACGGCAUAGAUUUCGCGGACGCGACGGAGAUUGGUUUUACCGUAUACGACUACCAUCCUUCCUUGCAGCCAGGAUAUCUGUGGUAUUGGACGACGGAUAGUCAACUCCAAUUCCUGGCUGCCGGCAACAUCUGUAUAGAGGGCGAUAAGGACACCAAGUUGGUGACUCCUCGACCAUGUGCUGAUGUCUCUGCGCAGUCAUGGACCUCUCGGAGGGUUACAGGUUCAGUGAAUACCAGCGGCAUAGCCACCAGUCCCACUUAUGCGGAUCCUGUAGGUGGCUCAAGGAUUCACGCACUAAGCAGGGACGAUCUGUGUGUGACCAUACAACCUGCUUCGAAUCCCGACACUCCGGAUGAUUACUCCGGCUCUAUCGCAAACUCAAAUGGGAUUGCCAUUGCAACAUGCGUGCCAAACGAUAACUCGCUUUCGGGCUUUCAGCUCUUUGCCUUAGCGCUGCCUGGCAACUUCUCCACAGCAAAUUACACUGGCCCAUUGCAGAUCAUCAACUCUACCGCUGUUGGAGAUCAGAGCAGGAAAUACUGUUUGACAGGGAGUGCCAAACCGCGAAAUGGCUCAGCUAUCCUGGUCCAAGAGUGUAAUUCGUCUCCUGGUCAACAAUGGAUCGCGAACAAUCGGACAAUUUCUCUUCAAAAUACUGGUCUAGUUGGCGUGAGGGCAGGCACAUUCGAUGGGCUAUACAUAUCUCUUCUCUCCGCUGAGAAUCUGUGUCUUUCAAGCAUUCCAGAUUCGGGCGGGACUAAUCAAGGUGUUACCAACCUGGGAACAGGGAAUCGAACCUGGACCGGCACACGAGUGGGAUUGACCGAUUGCAGUUCUGCGGAUAAGUGGAGCAACGCCAGGCAGGGUAGCUCUGGCCCUCUGGCCAUAUGGACCAAGUCCCUCGCUGCUGUUCCGAUUGGUCAGGACGGCUUUGAUCUUCAGAACUCGACCGGGCUUGGUAUUGUCAAAUACAAUGGCAGUGAAUUUGAUCAGGACCCUUACUUGUGGUACUGGGGGGAAGAUAGUCACCUGCACAUCUUUAGCAACACUGACAUCUGCAUCGAAGCAGACACGAAGACAAAGGCGGUGACCACUCAGCCUUGUUCGGACAAAGCUUCUCAGUCUUUUGCAUUCCGCAGCACUGUAACCCUGUUGAAUUCGAGCAGCAUCCCAAUCGGUACAACUUACCCGGAUCCUCAAGGAGGUUCGAGAAUUCGCGCGCUCGGCCGGAAUGACCUUUGUGUGAGCGUGGCACCAUCUUCCGACCCCACAGGGUCUUUAGCACCAGGGGACCCAAUCUAUGUCGCGAGGUGUCUGGACAACUCGAAUCUCAACGUAGGGUUUCAACUCUUCGCCCUGGCCUUACCUGGCGACUUCUCUACGGCAAACUACACUGGCGCUCUUCAGGUGAUGAACUCCACGGCUAUCCAUGACCGGACCCAGAAUCUCUGCUUGGGCGUAGGUGAUAAUCCGACCAAUGGCUCGAAUCUCGCUGUUCAGGAGUGUAAUGCAAGUCCGGGCCAACACUGGCUAGCUGACAACUCUACCAUAUCUGUUCAAGAUACAAAUAUGUGUCUUGAUGUUGUCCGCGGGUCGGGUACACCGCCAGGGGCAGAGGGCAGUUUUUUGCCUUAUUUUACUUUGCAGAUGUGGACCUGCAACCCUGGUGAUCCUCAGCAGAGCCAGAAUUUCGGGUUCUACUUCGCUCCGACGUGA